UUCGCGGUCACGCUUCUCGCACUCGAUCGAGUCUUCCUAUUUUGCUACCGACCACGCGAGUCGAAACCGCUUGCGUCCCCUCCCAAUUUCACGCCAGUUUCCCCGUAACGUUGGAUCAACCAAAACAGUGACGAGUCGAGCGUCCAACGUUUUUCCAGAGAGAAAUUCUGUGCGGGGCAACGACAGUGACACAACGUCUCGAACCAGUGUGAAAUAGAAUCUAGGAAUACCAAGACAGGGCGUUAUCAAUUUUUUUAUUUUCGAUUUUGGAAACACAAGUUACCGUUUGGGGAUGGCGGAUGGAUGACAGACACAGGCUUCGCGAUCCGGCGCUGGUCAAAGGUGUUUUUCGGCAACGGGGGAACCAUGUGAGGCUUCGACCAUGAGGUGUGGCGGUCAGAGUGGUGUCUGGAUAGCAAGCGUGAUCAUACUGUCAAUUGGAAGCUGGGUUGGCAAAGUUGGGCCACGACCAGCCGAUGGCGAGACAGCACAACUGACGUCGCCGAGGGAAAGGUUGGAAACCGUGCGUCAGGUUCUUUCCGAGGUGCCUUUGAUCGACGGGCACAAUGACUUACCCUGGAACAUUAGAAACUUCGUCCACAAUCAGCUGGCUGAGUUCGACUUCGACAAGGAUCUACGACAGGUCGCGCCUUGGAGCAAGAGCGCGUGGAGUCAGACCGACUUGGUCAGACUUCGUCAAGGCAUGGUCGGCGGUCAGUUUUGGGCUGCCUACGUGCCUUGCGAGUCUCAGCAUCUCAACGCGGUCCAGCUGACUUUGGAGCAAGUGGACCUCAUUAAGAGGCUCAUAGAAAAGUACUCACAACACAUGCAGUUCGCUGUAUCUUCGAGGGAAAUCCUGGAGGCUCACGAAAAGGGCAGAAUAGCAUCCCUGAUCGGAGUGGAGGGUGGACAUAGCCUAGGAAGUAGUUUAGCCGUUUUAAGGACACUGUAUCACUUGGGUGUACGGUAUCUCACGCUCACGCACACUUGUAACACGCCAUGGGCGAAAACGGUGAAUAUGGACGAAGAAAGUAAGUAUCCCCUUUUGUUAGAAGGCGGUCUGACGGCGUUCGGGAAAGCGGUGGUCCAGGAAAUGAAUAGGCUCGGAAUGCUGAUAGACCUUAGUCACACAGCGAGGGCUACCAUGAGGGACGCUUUAAGGGCCAGCAGAGCGCCCCUCAUUUUUUCUCACUCAUCGGCCUUUGCUAUUUGCAAUUCCUCGAGAAACGUUCCCGACGACAUUCUAAAGCAGUUGGCCGAUAACGGUGGACUGGUGAUGGUGACGUUUUAUAACUAUUUCGUGAAGUGUGGCUCACAGGCAACCGUCUCCGACGUCGCCGAACAUAUUUACUAUAUUAGAAACCUAAUUGGCGUGGACCACAUCGGCGUCGGUGGCGACUUCGAUGGUAUCAACAAAACACCCCGGGGUCUCGAGGAUGUCUCGAAGUAUCCAGAAUUGUUCGCCGAACUCCUUCGAAGUGGAAAAUGGAACGUGAUCGACUUAAAGAAAGUCGCCGGUCUAAAUUUGCUGAGGGUUCUCCGGCAGGUAGAACGCGUGAGGGACGAUAUGAGAACUGCCGGAGUAACGCCAUCGGAAGAGUAUCUCCAGGAUUCCCCUGACACGAUCGGCAGCUGUGCACUCGAUAUCAAUUCCGUGCAAAGAGUCAUGGAGGUUUGAUCGUACUAUCGGUUGUCUCUGUUUCUCGAUGGCGUGUAAACUACUUCUUCGCGAUCUCCCUGCCGUCCUAUUCUCGACAACGGAUGUAACCACGUCGGAGUCAGGGAAAUCCAUGCGCGAUCAGAAGGAUAGGGCUUUCUGUUGCUUGAUUCUUACGCC